CCAGGCAGCUGCGCCCUCAUGUUGAGAACAAAAUCUGGGACAAAACAAGCCUAGCCCACCGGUCAUGCUUGUGCAGCCUUCAUGAGUCUCACAUCUGCUGGCAGCUAAGAGUUAAGCUUCAGCUUCUCACAAAGACCGGGUUGUGUUUUGCUUUAUUCUCCUGAAUUUUCAGUUUAAUGUGCGAGACCCUGGAUACUUGGGAAACUUGAUACGGAUUCUGAAAUUUCACUCUGGUUAAUUACAGAUUUCCUGGUUUGCCUGAGGGAUUGUCACUAACUCAGCACAAGCUGCAGCAAGAGGUCAUUUUUUGUUGUUACGAUUAUUUGCAUCGCUGCUGCUGUGUCUGUGGACGUCUCUUCCAUGCCCUCUCUUUUGAAAGGAAACAAGUCUUUGGGGUUAAGGAAUUGCAGAAACCCUAUUAGGAGGGAUUAUCUGAUUUGUUCCUCUAUAUGGUGUUGGGGGGGAGGGGAGAGGAAUUUUGCAUUUCCUAUUUAGGAACGAAUGAAACAGAAGUUCAAGUUUACCUUGCUUGUAGUCUGGUCCUGAGCCAAAGAAAACAAACAGUGAAGUGGCUGUUGAUCUAGACUGGCAAUAGAUGUAACAUAACUAUCUAGAGAUUAAUUUAGCUUGUUGCCAGAGGCCAGGAAAGAUAUGUAUGGUGUCUGUGUCAACAUGAACCAAAGCGGCCUUGUCAAAACAUAUAAGAGCCCGACUUUACUCUAGGAAUCGGAUGCUGUGUUGGGAUCACUAUUGCUCAUUUCAGUGCUAGUGCACCAUAAACUUCAACACCAUCUUGCGCAGGUUAAGUUUUGCUUUCCUGAUUAUGUCCGGACAUAGGAAAGCCUUUGUUUGAAAUUCACAAAGAAUGCUUUGUUUUUUUUCUGGAAUACCAAUGUUCAAAUGAGCCAUAACAUUUGCAUGAAUACAGCCCCGUGAACCUGUAGGAUUUACAACCACCUGUUGGUGCUGCCAGCCAUACGAAACCAGCAGCAGUUCCCUACCUGCCUUUGAAAAGGAUCAUCGCAGACCUUGCUUUGGGAGGACGUUUUGGCAGGAGGUCUGCAAGUUCACCUGAACGGGAAUUUGGUAACAGGCAUUUGAGCUGUCUGGGAGCUACUGAAACAACAUGUGGGACGAGAAUGAGCAGGAGAUACCGGUGGAAAUGCCCUACUGGUCAUUAGCAGCCAGCUGCCCAGAGUUCAUGAGGGAGCUCAGUUUUUGGAGAUGCGUUGUGGAUCACUAGGAUUGUUAUGAUGAAUAGAGACUCCCGCUUUCCCAGAAAAGCCAUGCAGUUCAACUACAAUUCCAUGCGAAGACACUCUUGCAUUUGUUUUGAUGUUGAAAAUGGUCUGUCGGUGGGUCGCAGUCCCCUGGAUCCCCAGGCCAGUCCAGGCUCCGGGCUUGUCCUGCAGGCCAACUUCCCCCACAGCCAGCGGCGGGAGUCCUUCCUGUACCGCUCUGACAGUGACUUUGACCUCUCACCCAAGACCAUGUCCAGGAAUUCCUCCACCGCCAGUGAGCUACAUGGAGAAGACAUGAUCGUAACCCCAUUUGCACAAGUUCUGGCCAGCUUGCGAACAGUGAGAAGUAAUUUUGCUGUUCUGACCCACCUGCAGGAUCGUGUGGCCAACAAGAGAUCAUCUGGCAGCAAUCCGCCAUCAGUGUCCAAGCCCGGUCAGCCAGAGGAGGCCUACCAGAAGCUGGCAGUUGAAACACUGGAGGAGCUGGACUGGUGCCUGGACCAGCUGGAGACCCUGCAGACUCGCCAUUCUGUCAGCGAGAUGGCCUCCAACAAGUUUAAAAGGAUGCUGAAUCGGGAACUGACGCACCUAUCAGAAACCAGCCGGUCUGGAAACCAAGUAUCGGAGUUCAUAUCAAGCACUUUUCUGGACAAGCAACACGAUGUGGAGAUUCUGUCCCCCACGCCCAAGGAAAAGGAGAAGAAGAAGAGGCCGAUGUCUCAGAUCAGCGGGGUGAAGAAGCUGACCCACAGCUCCAGCCUGGCCACCUCCAGCAUCCCACGAUUCGGGGUCAACACUGACCAGGAAGACCCCCUUGCAAAGGAAAUUGAAGAUAUCAACAGAUGGGGCUUGGAUAUUUUUAAGAUAGCGGAGUAUUCUGGGAACCGCCCUCUAACAGUGAUGAUGUACACUAUUUUUCAGGAAAGAGAGCUGCUGAAGUCCUUUAAGAUCCCAGCGGACACGUUCAUCACCUUCAUGAUGACCCUGGAGGACCACUACCAUGCUGACGUGGCGUAUCACAACAACAUCCACGCCGCGGAUGUGGUGCAGUCCACCCACGUCCUCCUGUCCACGCCAGCGCUGGAGGCAGUCUUUACUGAUCUAGAAAUCUUGGCUGCUCUUUUUGCCAGUGCCAUUCAUGAUGUGGACCACCCUGGCGUGUCCAAUCAGUUUCUCAUUAACACAAACUCAGAGCUGGCCCUGAUGUACAAUGACUCCUCCGUCCUGGAGAACCACCACUUGGCUGUGGGCUUCAAGCUGCUCCAGGAGGAGAACUGUGACAUCUUCCAGAACCUGAGCAAGAAGCAGAGGCAGUCGCUGCGCAAAAUGGUCAUUGACAUGGUACUGGCCACUGAUAUGUCAAAACACAUGAACCUACUGGCAGAUUUGAAGACAAUGGUGGAGACGAAGAAAGUGACGAGCUUAGGAGUGCUACUGCUGGACAACUAUUCCGAUCGGAUUCAGGUUCUCCAGAACAUGGUGCACUGCGCUGACCUCAGCAACCCCACCAAGCCCCUGGAGCUGUACCGCCAGUGGACUGACCGCAUCAUGGUGGAGUUUUUCACGCAGGGAGAUCGCGAGCGGGACAAGGGAAUGGAGAUCAGCCCCAUGUGUGACAAGCACAACGCCUCCAUUGAGAAGUCUCAGGUGGGCUUCAUCGACUACAUCGUCCACCCGCUGUGGGAGACCUGGGCCGACCUGGUGCACCCCGACGCUCAAGAGAUCUUGGACACCCUGGAGGACAACCGAGAGUGGUACCAGAGCAUGAUCCCUCACAGCCCCUCCCCUCCCCCCGAGGAGAGGGAGAAGGAGGGAGUGACCGCGGGAGACAAGUUCCAGUUCGAGCUGACUCUGGAGGAAGAGGGGGAGUCGGACAGUGAGAGCCCCACGGAGGACAGCAGUGGGGAAUCUAGGACUGUGGGCUCUGGGGAGUUGAGCCAGGACUCCCCCAGCCGGGAAGCCUGCCCUGGUCUGGACUUCUCAGCUAAGGACAAUGCCAGAGCCCCGACGAACACUCCUGUUCAGAGCCUGGCGCAAAGGACGUUGCCUGGAGACAGUUCUCCUGAGGUGGACAUGAGCCCUAGCAGGGGAACAAGCAUAGAAAACAACGAGCUAGACCAAGAAGGGAACGUGACGUGCCUUCCACUGGGUACAUAACAAAAGAGAGAUGCACUUUUGUUUUUUUUUUUACUUUUCCCAUUUGCCUGGCUUGCAGUAGUGGUCUUAAUGGUAGCGGAGAGGUUAAGGGGGCUUCCAGCACUGUCUGUCAGGCAGACAGCAGUAGCCGUACACUGGAGUUGCUUCUGAGACAACACCAUGUCAUGGAUUGUUGUACUUGAUUUUUCCUACCGUCACGAGGAGCGAGCAACACCAGAAGAAUUCUAGUUUUUGCCAAAUGCUUCAGUUGUUGUUGUUUUGUUUUUUUCAGGGUUGGGGUGGGGGGUAGGGAUGGGGGCUUUUGGAUUUCGGGAAAAGCACCUCGGCACAGAGAAGGAUCCAAUGGCCACUGCAGCUUCCGUUCGGCCUGCGGUUUGUGCCGUCGUCGCGGAAACGGUGUCAAGCAGACCAGCUGCUGCAAGGCCUACUGAGAGACAGAAAGGAACUACAGAAAGGAACUCUACCAAGAAACGUCUUCCUUUGAUCGACUGUAUUUACCAUUUGUAAGAAGACAGAAUAAUAACACAGGGUCUCGGGACUUUUGUACCAAACAUUAAGUGAAAGUUUAUUUGACUUUUAAAGAAUAAUAAUCGAUAUUUGUUUUGCCUGUUCGUACCUCAUACUCCUCUGUUUUGAACAUUUGGAGAACACUCACUAUUACUUUGCCUACGGUUCUACCAAAUACAUACCUGAACAGUAUAAACACCCCAUUAACAUUAACCUCAGGGUAUGAAGGAGAGAGAACUACAGAUUUCUAAUGUAGCAAAGACAUCUUGGGUAUCCCUGCAAAUACAGAUGGGCCCGAUAUGCCUUAUAGAUCUGUGGCACAUGAGCUUAAUUUGGCUCUUUUCUUUUUUAACUUUUGCUCAACAGUUUUCCACCUUUAGAGGACAGGCCUUUCCAAGGCUUCUGUCAUUCUGGGCUUGUGAUCCCAUAUGUGUUUGUUUUUUUAGGUCAUAUUUCAACAAAAAAGGCUGAGUGAGAAGGGCAGUUGUAACGAUAAGUUAAAGAAGCCUCACUAGGUACAGGAAACGAGGCCUGUGGGUCCCCAGGGAUCCGGAUUUUGUUGCCGGUCUGCAGUCUGUUUCAGUUCAGCCUUGAAUCAAGCUGGUCUUUUCAUUUUCAACAAAUUCCUGUGCUCGUCAGUUUUAAACCAACACACAGCAACAAAACACUUUUAGUGUAAAUAAGUAUUUUACUAAAUGUCAGAAGUGAGAGGUUUAUAUUGCCCUUGUUACCUCCCAGUGCCUAAACCUCAGAACACACAACGUUACGGAUAAGAGGACACCAACUGGCCUGUCCAGCUCAUUUGGUUGCAAGGUCAAUUGGUCUAAACGAUUACGUGGAAGAUGCCAGCGUUGACGCCAGAGGUGCGAAAAGUUGUAAGAUUGUAACCAGCAGCCAGGGAAAGCCAUGAUGUGCAAAAACUGCACAUGUUUUGUGAUAGUGUUCUUCGUACCAGCAGCGGAAUAACAUAGGUUCCCCCCCAUGGUCAGUCACUUACUGAAAAAGUCAUUGAAGAUUCUCGAAUAUGUUGACAGUACCGCCCCCUAACCACUACCAAAUGCGCACCAAUUUCUCAAAUUCAGUAUAUUAAAGACAGCGAGCAUAGCACACAGUUCUGUCAGGGCUCUGUAAUUCCAGCUUUUGCGGGCAAAGUUUUUUCAGGUGUUUUAGGCUUUCUAAACUAAUCACCCCAUUACUUAUGAAAGAAGUUAAGAAAAUCCAGUUAAGAGUUAAUGGUCCCUCUUAAUUCUUUCCUGCUGGUCUUAUUGCAGAACACCAGCAAAAAACAUUGCAUCAUGGUCUUCAUGACCAGAACUGGGAUACCCCUGUUCUAGAUAAUUCAUGCCACAAUCCUUCAAAGAUUGUGCUUUCAAUGUGAUUGACAUUCCAAUGAUCCAGGGAACCUCUGUUCUUGUUUUUAAGCCAGGCAUUUAUUCAUUUGAGGGCUCUCUGCUGUAACCAUAUGAAAGCCCACACAUUUUUGAUCUUAUAGGGAGCAGGUCAUCCUGUGUACUGCAUACCUCUUCCUAGUUUUAAAGUAAAAAGCUUUAGAAAUGGCUGGCUCUGUCCAGAAACAUGCUGUCAAAACUCUUUCUAAAGUAUAGUGUGUGUAUACAGACAACUGCUGAAUGUUUGGCGCCCCCUGUCAACAUAGUGUGCAGCUGCACCCAAUUUAAAAUUGUAUUACACCAUCAUGUAUUACAUGUGCUUAUAUAUUGGUGUUAAUAUUGAUAAGGGAAUAUUGAUAAAGGAAAUGAAUUAAGAGAAUGUAGAUUAUUUCAUGGGAACACUACCUGCCCUGCAAAUACCUGGCUAGUGGCAGCAAGCUGUCAAUGGAACUGAGCUCUGCAGUGAGACAGAAAAUAUGACCUGGAAAAAUUCGAAUGCUCUUAAGUAUUGCCUUUCACAUGAGGCGGUUCAAGGGCUACGUACUGUAGAUGCGUUAUUGCCAGUAAUGCAAACCGAUAAAUCAGAUCAAAUGCCUAGAGCUGUAGAAUCCCAGUAUCCACUGGCUUGGAAGAAAGGUCUGUUUAAAAUUCUGUUUUACAAAGCAGCAGUGAGAGAAGAGGUAGCGCAGCAGGAAUAUUAUGACAUUCAUAAUAUGUCAGGAUCCAGUGUGUGUCAGGGGCCGGUCAACAGGGAUACCCCGUGUUUCAUACCGAGACGUCAGUCCUCUGUGCUCAGCGAGUGCCGUUCUUGUGAUGCCGUGGCGGUCUGUAACGCGGUUUGCUUUGCUCUAAUCUAAAGCUGUCGCCACGCGUCUGUACGCCGCCGACGCCUCCGCGGCGCUGCUGGUCGAGGACCGUCUCCCUGGAUGGCGGCUCUGUUUUCAGGCCACCUCAACGAUAGCACUUUACCCCCCCUGUCCUGCCUGACCGCCCCCGUCCACCUAGAAGGGCCCCAUCCAAACGCCAUUCCCACGGGAGGUUGGCCCACCGAGCCUCCCCCACAUCUGGAGCCUCCAGAUGAAACACUCGGCCGUCACACUAGGCAGCAGAGCCUGAACAAGGAGUUCAGGAGUUGCUCUUGCCACCUGAGAAACAAUGCCCAGAUAAUUCAGCCGCCUUCGUAUUUUACGAGGCGAGGCCGAGUCUGAACUUAAGGUGAUGAACUGGGAGCUGUGUAGCAACCCAGCUUUCUGUUACCCUCCCGUCUGUGGUCAAACACUCCCUGUGCAAACAUGAUGGGGUUUAUGAAGCCACAUGGCUGAAGAAGGCAACUGUAUCACUGAAGGAUGUGCGUGCACUUGACUUCUUCUACCUAUUCAUUUGCCAAAUAGCUGCUAUUUUCCAUAUACUGUAGCUGACCGUAUGUUUGUACAAGCACGUACACAUGGGUGAGGAAUACGUCCUUUAUUUCAUGGUUUUAUGUCUUGCACAGGGACACCUCAAAAGACAGCGCAGGUUCCAAGCCAGCAUGACACAACAUGCUUUGGAAAUUCCAUUCCAAAAGAUCCACAGAUCCCUCCCUUGGUGACAGUGGAUCCUUCUGUACUUUUAUUUAUUUUUGCAUGAAUAUGCCAGAUGACAUUAUAAACAGGUGGUAAACAAAGCCUAGUGUCCCUUUGUUUUUUACUGGCUGCUGUAUAAAUACUGGGGUGCCAUCUUGUCUUGUCACUAUCGCGCAAACCAUGAUAACAGCAGCUUGUACUACAUUGUGCAUCACAGCACAUGGAACAGGGUUUAUCUAGGCUGUACCUGAGCCAGACGGAAAGUAUUUUUCCAGGGUGAUGUGCCAUAAACACAGCUGUGAAGAAUGCCAUGGUGAACUUUCCUAAACGAUGGCCCUGCUGCACAUAAAAUUAAUUUGCAAAUUGCAAUUGAGUUGUCAGGGAGAAGCAGGCAGUUUGCUUUCCAUGAGGCUUAAUGGAAAGGAAACAUCAAUAUGAUAUAUUAUAUAAUAAUAUGCAGUAGAUCACAGUAUUAUAAAAUAUAUGCUAUGUAUUAAACUGUAUCCUAACCUAGACCUCAGAAACUGUGCUGAACACAUGGAGGUCAAAUGGUCUCUAUACCAGCUGGAAAAGGUGACGAGUCGAGACCUUUGUGAAAAGAUAUUGGAAUUGGUAAGCAGCGCCAAUCUGAUGAGCACUUAGGCUUCUUGGGGUCUUUAGCAGAACCACCUCCCUUCCUCCCCACUGGAAACUGUGGGUGUCUGGUGUCAUGAGUUUCCUCAGUCGAGAGCAACAGCAGCAAGAACCUCCCCUUCUCAGUUGCUAACAACUUUCACAGUGCCAUGCAAACGUCCCAACAUGAGCCCAACCUCCAUACUGCAUUACUGUAUGAUUUUAUUUCCUUGUACAUUCUGUAAAGUUUGCUAUUUAUUCUUUGUACGUAUCUCUGAUAUAUGAAGUGCUAUGCGGAGCCUCUGUCUCUUGUACCGGAGCCCAAGGAUUCAAGUGUACCUUCUGAAAGAGGACCAGGACAGUUGAACCACUACGACGAAUGUUUACCAUUUUUAAAAAAACCAAAAGACUCCAGGAUUCAGGUUGCAUAUGAGGGAAUAGCACUGUGUUGUAUGUGAAGUCCUAUAUAUAUAUAUUUGUUUUGUUCAGUCUGAAUUUACUGCAGUCUAGACAAUCCAAACACCAAUGUUUACUACUGAUUUGUAUUUCUGUCUCACCUGAUGACUGUACACGUCCUCUUUGUCAUUAAAAACAAGAAGGGUCAA